CCGCCGCCCAGCCCUUGUGUAAUAACGAGUCGCAUCAGAUUAUAUAGAUAUUCCGACAUGCUGCUCACGGCCGUAAUUAGAAACACGGUGCGCGCCGCUCGCCUCGGAGACUUCAACGGGAUCGGCGGGCGGAGGGCGGCGGGGCGGGGCGGCGCGGAACGGGGCGGGGCGGGGCGGCGUGCAAGGAGGGCGAGGCGGUGUGGGUCGAGGCGUUCAGGGCCCAGCUGGUGCGGCGGUCAAGGAGGAUAUUAAGAUAUGGCCCGGUAUAAAUGUGUGUGUGUGUGUGUGUGUGUGUGUGUGUGUGUGUGUGUGUGCAGCGGCGGGGCUGCCACACGUUGGGGCCGCCGCACACCUGCUAAUUCCACGCAUGCGCCCUGACCUGCGUUGCCGCAUGUCUCCCGCCGACCGGACUUGCCGUCCUAUUAUCCAGCUUGUUUCGGGCGCGGGGGUUGUUUUUUAGCGUGCGGUGGUGCGGGGGCGUCGGGGCCGAGGCGGCAGCAGCGGCAGACGGCAGCCUGGCGGGACGCGGCAGCUGUGGGGGAGCUUCCGAGGUGCAAAAGUCGGCUCCCUUUGCUGAGUGUCUGACCCGCCCGGAGCCCGCCUCUCGCGGCGGCAGCCUCAAAGCCGAUCACACGGGCCGUACCCUCAACGCUCACCUCAUCUCCUGGGGACCCGCGGCCCGCGCACCGCCUGCCCCGCACCACACCCGCGCCUCUCGCCCCGCCCCGCGCCGCGCCGCGCCGCCUCCCAUCCUUACACGAUUUACCUUCGAGAUAAACACACUUGUCGCCGCUUCCAUAGGAGGGGACAGGCCCGGGGAGCGAGUGAGGAGUGAGUGAAAGGUGUGAGUGUAGUGAGAGGUGUGAGUGUCGCCGCGUGCCGGGCUGGCCAGCGGGCCGCCCCUCGUCGCUACUCUUGCCCAACGCGGCGGGAAGUGACGGCGUCAACCUUCUCGGAAGUGACAUGUUGUUCCACUGAAUCAGAUCCUGUCGCCGGGAAUAUAUAGGCGGCGGCGGCGGCGCUGUGUUCACUGUCUUGACGCGCUCGAGGCCACACGGGAACUGUGUGGGGGGCCAAGCCGCGGCGCAGCCCAGAAAACUACCUGUGAGUGAGGCGCUGAUGGGGACGCCGGGCCCCUGGGUGUUCUGUAGCGUUAGGUGAGGGAGGGUCGAGCGUGAGUCUCUGGGGCGUGACUCACGAUGGGUCGCUCGUUACAGUGCCGCGGCGAGGACACGGACGCAGCGCUCCACGCCUGGAAAUGAAGAUACGCACGCCAGCGCCCUGACCAAGGCUGCAGCAGAGGGAGCCGCGUCAGCGCCUGCCAGUGACAGUGCCAGGCUAGUGUUCAGACCAGUGCCCAGUGCCCGGCGGUGCCGCGACACAGUGCCAAAAGGUGUCGGAGAGUAUGCGCGGGGCCGCGCGGGUGCCAGCGGCCUCCCAGACACAGUGACGCCUCCAGCCUCCCGCCGGUGCCUCUCGCCCUCCCGCUGUGUCCGGAGGUCGAGGAUGAGGUUCGGGGGGCGGGGGCGGGCGGGGGCGGGCCACCUCCUGCCGUGGGCCGCCCUCCUGCUCCUCUGCAUCAGCGUCACCAGCACGGAACGCACGCGGCGGGAACCCAAGUGGUGGAGGAUCGCCAAGAUAUCCGAUCCGUCUAACCUGAUCAGCAACCACAUCAAGUCCAACUACCUCGGCGACCACGACCUCGACCCCGCCAUCCGCCUCAUCUUGCGGCGGAAGCAGCGGCGCCUUCUGAGGGACAACCCCGGCGCGCUGGUGGCCGUGGCGAAGGGCGCGCGGGCGGCCGUGCACGAGUGUCAGCACCAAUUCCGCAACAGACGGUGGAAUUGCUCCACCACGGUGUUCGCCAAGCGGAAGACGCUGUUCGGCAAGAUUGUGACCAAGGCGUGUCGCGAGGUGGCCUUCCUGUACGCCCUGACCUCGGCCGCCGUGACCCACACCGUGACCCGGGCCUGCACGGAGGGCACAAUCGACUCCUGCAACUGCGACUACCGCGCCAAGGGUCCCAAAGGCAUAGACUGGGAGUGGGGCGGAUGCUCGGACAAUAUCGACUUCGGGAGCAAGUUCGCGCGGCUGUUCGUGGACGCAGGGAUGAAGGGGCGAGACUCACGCUUCCUCAUCGACCUACACAACAACGAGGUCGGGAGGCUGCACGUGAAGGACAACAUGAGGAAGGAGUGUAAGUGUCACGGUAUGUCGGGCUCCUGCACCGUCAAGACCUGCUGGUGGAGGCUGCCGUACUUCAGGAGAGUGGGCGACGUGCUAAAGGAUCGGUUUGACGGCGCCUCUCGCGUGCAGAUGCGGAGCCUCGCCAACACCAGGACGCCCAACGCGCGGCGGCCGAACAGACGCAGGAAGAACAAGCGGCGGAAGAGGAAGUCCUACCGCCUCUUCCGCCCCUGCAACCCCGACCACAAGCCGCCCUCCAAGAAGGACCUCGUCUACCUGGAUGAGUCGCCCGAUUUCUGCGUCAGGAAUAGGAAGUUAGGCAUCAUCGGCACCAGGGGGCGGGAGUGCAACAGGACGAGCAUCGGCCUGGACGGGUGCGACCUCAUGUGCUGCGGGCGGGAGUACCACACGCAGGUGGUGGAGGUGGAGGAGCGGUGCUCGUGUACCUUCCAGUGGUGCUGCGAGGUGCGGUGCAAGACGUGUAAAUACAUGAGGACCAUACACACCUGCUCGUAAGGGGGGGCAGGUGUGUGGAGGUGUGUACAGGGAAGGUGUGUGGAGAGGAAAUGUGAAGGAGAAAACUGGAGCAAAAAAUGAGAUGAAAGGAAUGAGAGUAAAAAGUGAGGGAGAUAAGGACAAUAUACACCUGUUCGUCAUGGCCAGGUGUGUGCAGGUGUGUACAGGGAAGGUGUGUGAAGAGGAAAUGUGAAGGAGAAAACUGGAGCAAAAAUUGAGAUGAAAGGAAUGUUAGGAGGGUAAAAAGUGAGGGAGAUAAGGACAAUAUACACCUGUUCGCCACGGUCAGGUGUGUGAAGGUGUAUGGAGGUGUCUCGAUGGGAUGUUGUGAAGGAUGAGUUUAAGGAGGAAAAGUGAAGAAUGAACAGUGGAAAGUGAGGACCAUGAGCCUUAGACACUUAUUCUCAAGACAGACAAGCGUGAAGGUGCAUGGGAAAAAGUGUGUGGAAAGGACAGUGAGAAAAGUAGAUGGAAAAUGAGAAAUUAGAGGAAUAUAAAGACAAUAAAAUGAGGAACAGAUGGACCGCUUUCACCUGUUCUUCAUGAAUCUAAUGAGGAGAGAAAUGAUGAGAAGUGUUGAGGGAAGAAACGUCGAUGGUGUGAGGGAUGAAAAUAUGGAGGAAAAGUGAGACAUGAGGACCAUAUAUAAACCUAUUCUUAAUGAGUUAAAAGGAAAGGUGAGCGGAGGGAAGGUGAAAAAAGGAAGAUGUGUAAAUUGAACGGUGCAAGGAGAAAAGUGUGACUGAUACGGUGUGAAAAGAACCUCGCUCAGAAAGAAGAAAAGAAUGAAGGAAAAGAAAGUAUACAAAGAAAGGAAAAAAAUAAAUGAAAGUGGAAGGGCAAGUAAAUUAUAAGGAAAAGAAGAAAAGAAAUAAUGAAGGAAAGGAAGAAAAUGAGAUGAAGUGAAAGGGAAGGUAAAUUAUAAGGAAAAGAAGAGGAAAAGAAAUAAUGAAGGAAAGGAAGAAAAUGAGAUGAAGUGAAAGGGAAGGUAAGGGGAAGAGAAGAAAAGGAGCAGGAGAAAGUAGUUUGCAGCGGUGAAAGUGGGAAUUGUUCUGGUUCCCGAGUGUAGCGUUUCACUUUUGUUUCGCAAGGGAAGAAGGGCGAAGGAGUAAAGGAACGAAACUAUAUGGGAACGAAACUAUAUGGGAACGAAACCAUAUGGGAACGAAACUAUAUGGGAACGAAACUAUAUGGGAACGAAACUAUAUAGGAACGAAACUAUAUGGGAACGAAACUAUGAGGCAACGAAACUAUAAGGCAAUGAAACCAACAAAAAACGGGGACAAGAGAGAACAGAACAAAACAGCAACGGAACACAGAAAUGGAACAAAUCAACGGAAAAACAUAUGAACAACGCAACCAUAAAGGAACGGAACAAAAGAUGAAUUGAAAUAUAAAUGAACGAAACAGGAAAGGAACAGAACAAGAAACGAAACAUCACACAAACCAAACGCCAGAUGAACGGGAUAAAACAGGAAGGAAACAUCACAGAGAGGAAACAUCGUAGGACCGGAACGACAGAUGACCGGAAUGAAACAGGAAGGAAACAUCACAGAGAGGAAACAUCGUAGGACCGGAACAACAGAUGACCGGAAUGAAACAGGAAGGAAACAUCACAGAGAGGAAACAUCGUAGGACCGGAACGACAGAUGACCGGAAUGAAACAGGAAGGAAACAUCACAGAGAGGAAACAUCGUAGGACCGGAAAGAAAGAUGAAGGGAAUGAAACAAGAACAGAUCAACCCAAGGACGGAAACAUCACAAAAACGAUAAUGUACGAGGUGAAACAGGAAGGACACAAAGCAGGGAGAAACAUCACAGAAACGAAACAAGAAGAACGAAACAUUGCAGAAACAGAACGCCAAAGGAACAACAACAGAAGAAGGAAACAAAACAAACGGAAUAUCAGAUGAAAAAAAAACAUAACAAAACAGAAGGUGGGACAAAACAGGCAAACGAAACGAUACAAUAACAAAGCGAAACAAGCACAGCAACAACAACAACAACAACAACAACAACAACAACAACAACAACAACAGCAACCAGUGAAACAUACCGCACCGGAACCAGAACUCAGCAUCCCCCCCCCCCCCCCCUAUUCCCCGGGAUGCUGACCACGAACAGACACACGCCGCAGCCGCUUCUCCGCGUCGCGCUGAUCUCUCGAAUUACUCUUUAAUUUUUUUUGUACCGAACCAUUUUGUAACGUAGACUAUAAUACACCUACUUGUAUGUGUAUUGGUACUGUGUGUGUGUGUGUGUGUGUGUGUGUGUGAAGCAUACUAGAGGCUACAUAGCAUGAGUAGUUUACUUCCCCCGUUAUUAAGAAAAGUCAUACCAACGAAUAUACUAGAACCAAACACAUAAGAAAGCGCCAUGAUAAACGAACACCAGACCGCACGGAACACAGCAGCGAUGAUCCCGAGGGUAAUGAUAGCGACAGUGGUGACUUUUGAACAUUUGCUUAGUAUAAUAGCCGUUCAGUCUCCUCUCUUUAAUUAAGCAUGAAAAUAUAAAGACUCGCUAGCCAAAUGCCGCUGCAGAUAAUUUUGUACACUUUCCUAGUAUAGUAAAGGACGUGCGGUGACCUGUCUUAAGCAUACAAAUAAAAGACCCGCUAACUAAAUGCCGCCCUUCGUAAUUUUAGUAAUAUUUGUAUUUUGUUAAUAUUGAUAAUGAGGAUGAUGCAAAAACCGUCUCAUUUAGCUAAAAACUAUGAUGUAAGAAAAAGAAAAACGCGAGCACAAACCCGCAAACAUACACGCAAUGGAACACAAACCCAAAAAAGCUUGCACAAUAUAAUAGAAAGUAUCAGACCCACUUUUUAGGUCCCCUCCGAGCUAGUGCACUUGCUAGCGAUAGAGGAUUCCAUCGCGCUCCAGGACAACCCUGGAGCGCGAUCGAAUCCUCUAUCGCUAACAAGUGCACUAGCUCUUCCGUGGACCCAAAAAUAGGCUGUUCGUACCUCAAAGCCGUUAAUUUAACUCCAUUUAACGAGCAUCAUGUGAAACGAAUCAUAAAAAAUAGAAAGCAGAAAAAUAGAUUAUUCUUAUUUUAUGCCACUUAUCAUCUUUGAUAAAAUAUAUGUAUUUUCAAAACAAUUAAAACUAAUAUUUUCCUUGAUAAAAUUCCCCAUAUAUUUUGUUUUCACCGGAAACAUUUUCUCGUGUCUACUGAUACGUUUGGAUAUAAUGAACGUGCGGAUACUACGAAUUAGUGGCCUCCUCAAUUAUUUCGUGUUAAUGAAUAAAUAUCCUACAAAGUACGCACACAGAAAAACAAGACACACAAAGAUGCAAACACAUCCAAACACACAUUAAGAAAAAAAAAGGAUAAAGCUCAGACACAAAAAAUAAAUAAACACACUAAUCCUUGACGAUAAACACACAAUCAGUGCCAAAACAAACCAAUCCCCCGCUGUAACAUAAACCACCGAGCAAGACCGGCCAUUUUGUCUGCCAUAACCCCCUCCUCCCCGUCCCGCGCUUGUCCUGUCUCGCGCCCCGGCCUAGGAGGGAACACGAAUAGACAGUCCUCUCCUUAGUACUGUUCCGUCCGUCUCAUUAUAUCUUCAUUUACACUAAGAACACACAGACACACAAACAAACAAACGAACACAAACACACGGUAGAGCUAAAGACAGAGAGGAAAAGAGAAUGUGAAAAAGUAAAGGAAUGAAUGAAAGGGAAAAUGCGUGAAUGAGGAAAGACGAAGAAGUGAGAGAAUGAAUUAGAGAAAGAGAAUGAGUGAAUGAAGAAAGAGCAAGAUGUGAGAAAACGAAUGAGAGAAAGAGAAUGAGUGAAUGAAUAAAAAGAGGAAGAAGUGACAACGAAUGAGAGAAAGGGAGAAUGAGUAAAUGAAGAAAGAGGAAGAAGUGAGAAAAUAAAUGAAAGCGAUAAUGAAUGAAUGAGUGAAAAUAAAUAAAGUUAUGUAAAAUGUAAGACAGAAAACGGAGGAAGGAAAGCAUAAGUUACGUCUAGAAUAUAAAAAACAACAACACGUGAAUGACUACUAGAGGCCUAACGUAAGAGGAUAUACAGUACCUUCUUUUUCUAUAUAUACACCCCAUACAUGCCUACACCCAUACCCUAUAGCGUUAAGGUAAUACUAUACUGCUAUUCGCUGCUAGUCAACGUUGCCUUAUAGACGAUAACUUGGCGUCGGAAGCUGGACUGAGGGGACACUAUAUCGUUUUUUUUUUAUAACGGUUUUGUUUUGUCUUCAUUGUUAUUAACGUCAUUGUAUCUUUUUUUUUUAUCUCGGGUUACUUUUCACUGCUAUAAUCACUGCAGACUACACUUUCCUGUCACUGUAUCUUUCUUUAUCUCGGGUUUGUUUUCACUGCUAUAAUCACUGCAGACUACACUUUCCUGUCACUGUAUCUUUCUUUAUCUCGGGUUUGUUUUCACUGUUAUAAUCACUGCAGACUACACUUUCCUGUCACUGUAUCUUUCUUUAUCUCGGGUUUGUUUGCACUGUUAUAAUCACUGCAGACUACACUUUCCUGUCACUGUAUCUUUCUUUAUCUCGGGUUUGUUUUCACUGCUAUAAUCACUGCAGACUACACUUUCCUGUCACUGUAUCUUUCUUUAUCUCGGGUUUGUUUUCACUGUUAUAAUCACUGCAGACUACACUUUCCUGUCACUGUAUCUUUCUUUAUCUCGGGUUUGUUUUCACUGUUAUAAUCACUGCAGACUACACUUUCCUGUCACUGUAUCUUUCUUUAUCUCGGGUUUGUUUUCACUGUUAUAAUCACUGCAGACUACACUUUCCUGUCACUGUAUCUUUCUUUAUCUCGGGUUUGUUUUCACUGUUAUAAUCACUGCAGACUACACUUUCCUGUCACUGUAUCUUUCUUUAUCUCGGGUUUGUUUUCACUGUUAUAAUCACUGCAGACUACACUUUCCUGUCACUGUAUCUUUCUUUAUCUCGGGUUUGUUUUCACUGUUAUAAUCACUGCAGACUACAAUGUCCAUGUUUCUUAAUUCACAGUGAGUCCCCCCUCCCUCACACACACCUUUAUUUUAUUUUAGGUUUGUACAGUUUUAAAGCUGAAGGAAGUCGAAAUGGAAUGAAUGUUCAGUGACAAGGAGUAAGGAGAAAAUCAUGAUAUAAGUUUGGUAUUUUUAAGCACAUCUUCAGGUUUCAUCUUCCGACUAGAAAUACAAAAAAAGUGACAGACAGGUCGCGUCGGUCCUGUCGGCGGCAACAAGAUGCAAGGGCGACGCAACACACGCUUCAGUUAAUUACGGUUACAAAAAAGAGAGAAAGAAAAAGAGAAAAGGAGUAUAUUUUUCACAGGAGGGAGCUCAAUGGCCAAAAAGAUUAAGAUAUAUAAAAGCCUUCUCGCGCUGCUCAUGCCUAGGGAGGACAGAGACAGUAACCUAAAGAGAGGGUCAGAUUCGAAUGGGGAGGGGUAAAAUUUUUCAACCCAACCAACCCCAUGAUGUCAAGAAGGGCAUAGCUAAACCUUGGUCUACACGUCACAUCACAGCCAUGCCAUCUGUCUUACAUGUCUCCUAUAACUACCUUUUCCCUCGCUGGUGUCCUUUAUCUUCAGUAACACCAGCACCUUGUAGUCUUGCCGUGUCCAUGCAAAUACCUUCUGUCAGACCUGGAUGAGCUAAACCUUGGUCAAAACAUCAUUCCAAUCCUAAAUCUCAAGCCAUACAAAAAAAUAAAAACAGUGACCCUAUAUGAACAAAGAUAAACACUGCAGAGACAAAAGAGAAGCAAGACAUGCCAACACGAGCCCUCUGUGUCGCAAUCGGCCAAGACUUGAAUAGGGCUUACAUCAUGAGGCACAGACCCCACUCCGUCACCAACCCACUCAACAUCACUCUAGCUGCAAGGUCACUCUAUUAUUAACAUCUCGCCACACUGCAACAUCACUCCACCUAAAGAACUCCCAUUAAAACAUCACUCCAGAUUUAUCACCACUCAGCUGUGUCUGUAUACUGUCUGGCGAAGUGUGUGUGGAAGGCGGAUCUGUGGGUGAAAAUAGUACUCACUCUCACUCUCUCACUCUCUCUCUCUCUUGACUAGUUGUUUAUUGGGCGAAUGAGUAAAUGAGUAAGGCGAUGAUGGUGGUAUAUUAGAGGUAGUACUGGUGGUGGUAGGGUGGAGGUGGUGGGUAGAAGUGGUGGUAAUGAUGGUGGUGGUGAUGAUGGUGGUGGUGACGGUAGUGACAAUGGUAAUGGUGAUGAUGAGGAGGAUGGUGGUGGUGGAGGUAGAAGUGGUGGUGGUGGUGGAGGUAGUAGUGGUGGUGGUCGUGGAGGUAGUAGUGGUGGUGGUGGUCGUAGUGGUGGUAGUGGUGGUGGUGGUCGUAGGAGUGGUGGUAGUGAUGGUGGUGUUGGUGGUCCGGACAGGUGCCUAUCCUUCCUGCCCUCCCCGCCGCGACCCCCUGACCCUCCCCCGCUGAGGCUCGUCCGCUAGUCAGGCCGCGUCGCUCACCGGCCCCGGGAAUACUAAAUUAAAUUGUUCUUCGCGGCGACGAGGCUUCCAAAUCGGGCGGCGUUCUCGGCCUAACCAGCGGCGCGCCCUGACGUGUCCUCCUGUUUAAUUGGACGGCCGGGGAGCACAUGGCCAUCUUAUUGUCACUGGCGAUCCAAAACGGGCAGUGAUAGAUGGAGACAGACCCCAGAACUCUCAUCGACAGGGGUGUUACGUAUUCCCCCUCCCACCCCUCGUCGCGCACUGAGCCCCCGUCAGCACAUACACGGCUUUUUAUUGAACACUUCUUUACUGCGUCGCCUCAGUCCAACUCGACACGUAGUUUUUUUAUCAUUCUUCUUAUUUGAUGUAUCCAAUAUUUAUACGGAAAGACGCGACGCGACGCUCCUAUCGUGAGUGUGUCGUGUUUUUUUAUUAUUAUUCCCAGCGGCCAUUGCAUUGUAAGCUUGGAGGCGUGAGGUAUUGUGCACUUAUAAAAACUAUCGAACUUUUUUUUUUUGAAGGACGUAAUAAAAGAGUGAGCGAAGCCUAAGAAUCAAUGCACGAUGGUAACUACGUGUGCUUAGUUUUAUUGUUCGUCCAGUUUCAUAGAUUAUCGUGAGCCUGGGUGGUGUGUGUGUUUAUAUUAUCGAUUGACUGACUGACUGGCUGACUCUUGAACCAAAGAUCUAGCCACCCGGGACGCGACACCUGAGGGAUCACCUGAUACUCAGACUCCGAAGUUAAGCUGUUAAGGACAUCUGCGACAAAAUUAAAGAGUAAAAUCAUGAAUUGGGAUAUUUAUAAGAAAAAAUGAGGAUAAGUAUAGCUCUGCGACAAAAUUAAAGAGUAAAAUCAUGAAUUGGGAUAUCUAUAAGAAAAAAUGAGGAUAAGUAUAGCUCUGCGACAAAAUUAAAGAGUAAAAUCAUGAGUUGGGAUAUUUAUAAGAAAAAAUGAGGAUAAGUAUAGCUCUGUGACAAAAUUAAAGAGUAAAAUCAUGAAUUGGGAUAUUUAUAAGAAAAAAUGAGGAUAAGUAUAGCUCUGUGACAAAAUUAAAGAGUAAAAUCAUGAAUUGGGAUAUUUAUAAGAAAAAAUGAGGAUAAGUAUAGCUCUGUGACAAAAUUAAAGAGUAAAAUCAUGAGUUGGGAUAUUUAUAUGAAAAAAAAUGAGGAUAAUUAUAGCUCUGCGACAAAAUUAAAGAGUAAAAUCAUGAGUUGGGAUAUUUAUAUGAAAAAAAAUGAGGAUAAUUAUAGCCAAGUUCGAGUGGGAUAAGAAUUCAACUUUUUUUCAUAUUUCAUUCUCACAUCGUUUCGAUUUAUAUUUUAGGGCACACAGCUUUUAUAACUUCUACUUAAAAACUGUGGCAGUUUCCUCCUAAACUGAUUGAAAUUUAGUGUCUUGGGAUAAGUGUCCUCAACGACUUUCUUAAAUCAUGUAUCAUGUCACUUUCCGUCUUCCUGAAAGACUAAGACAUGCAUUUAUCGAGAUUUGUUUUUUGUUUUUUUUGAAUUCCUCUUUACGUUUUGUAACUUGAUUAAAUCACUGUGGCAAGUAACAUUUUAUUUCCUUUAAUUUAACUAUUUUGUUUCGUUAGUUGAUUCACUUUGUUAAUUUAUUCGUUUACUGUACUAUAGGUGAAGUCCCUCAGUGCCGCCUCUCGCCUCAGCUGGUGCCAAGACUGUCCCGGCAAGGAAUAACAGUUGUACAUAUUCCAUUUAUCUCAGUCUGCUUGCUUUAUUUAGGUCAUUUUAAUAAGUUAUAUAUCUUAUGUUUGUCUAAUUCAUCGUCUGACUGCUUUCUCUCUCUCUCUCUCUCUCUCUCUCUCUCUCUCUCUCUCUCUCUCUCUCUCUCUCUCUCUCUCUCUCUCUC